AUGAUCGAUGGGCUCCACUCCUUGACGCGCAAUCCCCUCCCGGCCAUCUCGGCUCUCAACCUCCGCGCCAACCGCCUGCAAUCAAUCGCCGGUAUUGAGAAGCUCUACCCUCUUGAGCGAUUGGACCUUCGAGACAACCGUCUGUCAGACCCUAUGGAGCUGGCCAGACUCACCGGAAUCCCUGACAUUCGGGAGAUCUGGGUUGAGGGCAACCCCUUCACCCGCACCCACAAGGAUUACCGCAUCACGAUCUUCAACCUCUUCCGCAAGACCCCGGGCUACACCGAGGAUGUUGUCAUUGACAAUUGCGGUCCCACGUAUUCGGAGAGGAGGUACCUGGUGGAGCGUACUCCGGUGCCCGCCGCCGUGCCGGUCGUCAAGCCCGCCCCCGCCGACAUCCCGGCUGUUGACGUCAGCAAGCCAGCCAUCAUCUACGACAUCCCCAAGGAGCCUUCCGUUCUCCGCAAGGAGCGGCCAGUCCCCAAAGCUGUUACUAGCGAGGUGAACACUAGUUCUACUCGCCGCCGCAAAACACCAAAGAGACGUAUAGUAGACCUUUCUACCACCGACGCCUCUGUGACAGUAACUCCUGGUAUCGCGCCGCCACCCCCUGCGGACAUUAAGGUGCUCGCUUCUGAUGCAACAGCCACCGCAGUCGGUUCAGACACCAACAACUACCGUAUCUCGCAGGCCCCUGAGAUUCCUCCACUUCCCUCCGCCGUUCUGGCCGACAAUCGAAAGACCAACUCCCAACCUGAAGUGCCCCGCAUAGACACUAGCGUGGUUCCCGAACUUCCCCCCAUCUACACAACCCGCGAUACUCCGUCAGACUCCCAGGACUGGGAUGUCAGCGGGGAGAUGUACCGCCGGAAGAUCGAGGCAUUGCGGGACAAGGUUGGCAAUGGCUACCUCAGUGUGCUCAGUGAGGAGGGCUGGGAUCCCUCUCGCCCGCCAACAUACUCGGUGCCAGACUUCAGCCCAGCCUCGACAGUUCGACCCAGUCCUACUACUCCUCGGACUAACUCUCACCACCAUCCCGCGGCCAUUCACAGUGGUCGCACCCUUGGCUAA